CUCGAACUGCGACAUCCCACACUCCUACUCUUGACGAACACCGUGACGAACACGAACAUAAACGCGACGACUCGAAUUUGACAGGGCCGAGAUCUAGUCCUGACUCUCCCCGCAUGACGACUCCGAGUCCUAGUAGUAGCGCCACACCACAACUCGCAGAAACUACUCAGUUGAAUCGAUUGAAUGACGGUGACUUGAAGCGGACGGAGGAAGACCCCAAGUCGACGAAUAACGUUAACGUUGGAGCUGGGCCAGUGGAGAAGCAGAACGAGAAAGAGCGACCAUCUCAGACUGCAUAUAGCGUCUUCACGAGGAGAGAGAAGUGGUUCAUCGUCGUGACUAUCGCUUUUGCGGGGCUCUUAAGUCCUUUCACGGCCAACAUCUAUUUCCCAGCAAUUCCUGUCCUCGUUGCUGAUUUUCACAAGUCGACUGAACUCAUCAACUUGACCGUGACAGUCUACAUGAUCCUCCAAGGCAUCUCGCCCAUGUUCUGGGCCACAAUCGCAGACCGCAUCGGCCGAAGACCGAUCUUCCUCGCUUGCAUGAUCGUCCUCACCCUCUCCUGCGUCGGUCUCGCGCUCGUCCCGACUUCGGAUUAUUGGCUGCUUCUUGUGCUGAGAUGUAUACAGGCGGCGGGGUCGGCGAGUACGAUUGCGCUUGGCGCAGGUGUCGUUGCGGAUAUUGCGGUCCCUGCGGAACGAGGCAGCUUCUUCGGCUUCUUCAAUAUAGGGCCCAUGAUUGGACCGGCUAUUGGACCGGUGGUUGGUGGGGCACUGUCGGAUGCUUUUGGCUGGAGGUCUAUCUUCUGGUUUCUUUGUAUCCUGUCGGCCGUUUGUGGAGUAACGCUCCUUCUCUUUCUCCCAGAAACCCUUCGAGCCCUCGUCGGCGACGGAAGCAUCCCCCCACCCCGGCUCAACAAAGCCCUCAUCCCCUUCAUUGGCAGGACUCAACGCCGAGCUCUGCGCGCACUCAACUCAAACAACCCACCGUCCAGAGCCCACAAACCACUCUCCAACCCCUUCGUCCUCCUGACCUACCCCGACGUCCUCACGCUUCUCGUCUUCACGGGCAUAUUCUACGCGGUCUGUAUGAGCAUCAACGCGUCUAUCUCUACGCUGUUUGAGAGCGCAUAUCCGUGGUUGAGUCAGACCGAGAUUGGGCUUUGUUAUUUGAGUGUCGGGGGAGGGAUGCUUUUGAGUUCGGUGGGUACGGGGAGGAUGUUGGAUUGGGAUUAUAGGAGGGUCAAGGACAAAAUCGAAAAACUGAGGGAGGCGAGGAGAGUGGAACGUGGUGAUAUAGAGGAGAAGGGGAUGGACAGUGAUGAGGAAGGAGAUAUUCGAGAUGAUUUUCCGAUCGAGAAGGCGAGGUUGAGGACGAUGCCGCUCUAUUCGUUCUUCUUCAUCGCUGUCACGCUCGGGUAUGGAUGGUGUGUGCAGGCGAAGGUGUCGAUUGCGGGGCCGUUGAUCCUUCAGUUCCUUCUGGGAUACCUGUUCAAUGCGAUCAUGAACACUACUUCCACCCUCCUCAUCGACCUCGUCCCCACGCAAGGAUCCUCAAUAACCGCAUGUAACAACAUCGUCCGCUGUUUCCUCGGUGCGGCCGUCAUGUCAGUUAUCAACAUGAUCCUGGACGCUCUCAAGCCCGGAUGGACGCACGUUCUGCUCGCUGGUCUGUGUAUCGCGGUGUGUCCCUUGCUUUAUGUGGAGAUGAGGUGGGGCCCUGUGUGGCGGGAGAGACGAAGGACACGUUUGGCAUUGCGCGAGUCCAGUACCAAGUCUAGUGGAUCAUGAUCGCGGUGAAGUACUUUCGGCUUGGGCUACUGAUUUAGUUUCUGCCCAUCUUCAAUUACUUACAGCUGGAGCUCAAAACUCGGGGUUUCUUUCCGAGUCAGUCUUCGGUUUUAUCAUUCUCAUAUUUUUUGUUACGACACUGCCCCGUUCCUCGAGACCCGUCUCUUGGCACACGUGUCUGCACCUCAGACUGUGAAGACAAGUCCAUGUCCGUCCAUGCGACGAUACGAUGCAGUCCAAGAGGUGGCGCAACUCCAGAGGCGGUGCCAUCCGGCCAUUGCCGUGCAUAGCCUCAAACUCCGUGUCCAACGUUUUUGGCGACGUGGGCACAACGUCGAGCACAUCGCAGAGCACGCCUCCGACACCAGCGCCGGCGAGCUUUGUACUGAUUUUGGCUCAACUGCGUUAUGGGUAUAAAUACUGCUGCAGCAGUCGGAAGGAUGCUCGCAACACCUCCACUAAAAUUUCUUUUGAGCUCUUCGACCAACUCAGCCUGAAGCAUGUCGACCGGGUCAGCACUUGGGAGCACCAUCACCCUAAACUCACUUUCUGGCGGUCUGCCGUCAGUCUCUCAAGAUCUUGCGCCCUCGAUUAUCUUCACUAUUCUCUAUGUCAUCACGACGUGUCUCUGCUUGUGGCGUAUGGUCGUGAACUAUCGACGACCUCGCCGCAUCUUCCUAGCGUUUCUCCGGCUCCAAGCAUUCGAGGUCAUCAGGGUGGCGACAAUGAUCAUCAGAGCCAUCGGAGCAGAGAAUAUUACACACGCUCUUAAUGGAACGGCGAUCUUCAGCGAGGGAUUGCUGAUCGCUGAGCAGGUUUUGCUCAGUAUCGGGUAUCUGAUAUUAGCCAAUACACUCGUCAAGCUUACUAUAUUUCACGACCUUCGCGGGGACGCGUAUGAAGGCAAUAGUCAGAAGAAACGGGUCACCCGCUUGAUGGAGCUUGCCUUGCUGGUCGCCAUUAUUCUUGGGAUCGUAUCCGGGGUCGAGUACUCCAAGAGCUUAUCAGACUCUACCACAGCCCAGACCGUUCAGACAUACAAAAAAGUGUCUACCAUCAUCGUUCUCAUCGUGGUUGCAGUCCUCUGCCUCUACAACGCCCGCCUCGUCACAGAAGCGCGCCUUCCCCGACGCACCUCCCUCUGGCUCUCCAUCACCUCUCUCGUUCUCAUCAUAGUCCCUGCCUACCGGCUCGCUCAAGCUUUCAACCCACCCUCGGAUGCAGGCUCUAAUGGCCGCAAGGCCGAGUUCUAUGUCCUUCAGAUUACCGUGGAGUGGUUGGUCGGCCUUUCUCUGUUGGCCGUGGAUGCGAAGGAAUGGUGUGGCGUUGAGGAUGGCCCUGCGUCGGAGAAAGGAAGUGGGUUUUCGCAGUCGUAUUUGAUGCAGAGCAGAGCAUGAUUGGUCGUAUGAGACUUUGUUAGAUGAUACGAGAUUCAGAGAAGCCUUGGACUGUACUGUAUAUCUGCCCGGACGUGGCUCCCCC